AUGGAGACUAUCUCAGACUGCGUACUUACAACGCGAGAACAGUGUCCACAGACGCUGGUCUGCAUACCCUUCUCGGUGCUGCAGAGCGUAUCAAAUUUCACGCGAAAUGUAGGCGGUGUUGGUUUUGUUGUGCACCCAUCUGUCGUCCAUCUUGUCGAUUCUCACGAGAUCCUGUCACCUCGUCUGGCCAUUCUUCGCCUCCGCCCUGUGCGCCAAAAACCCAUCAGUAUCAUCAACUGCUACUCACCAACAUCAGCAGCUGAUGAAUUCGAAUUGGACGCGUUUUACGAGGAACUGGAGGAAGUAAUCCGCAACGAGAAGUCCUUCUACAAAUUCGUUGUCGGAGACUUCAACGCAAAACUAGGAAAGGCAACAGAAGAGGAAUACAGGAUUGCAAAAUUUGGACUAGGGGACCGGAAUGAAAAUGACAAUCGUCUCGCCGGGCUGUUGCCCGCCGCUCGCCUCUUUCAUGGGAACUCUUUUUUUCAUGAAAAAAAGAUCGUCGCCGGUGGACAUAGGAAUCGCCCAAUGGCGCGACUCGUGGGGAGAUCGACCACUGGUUUUGAUCACCGUCCCCUUCGUGCGAAGGUACGACUUAGCCACACGGUGGAAAAGAACAUCUGCUACCGGCAACAAAGGAGAAGAGAAGUCGUCCACAACGAUUGCGUACUCGAGGACUGGCACAUCGAGGAGGACCCAAUCGUGGACUACGAGAAGCUGCUCAGAAGAGUACGAGCCUGUGCAAACUUGGAUCGAAUUUUGAAGACCACCAAGGAAUUGUUGGAAAGAAGAAGGGCUCUGAGGCUUGAUCCGAAUGCAUCGCACAUUGAGCGGUUAGUAGCAAACACUAUCUACAGAAAAGUGUUGCAGGAGGAUUUUCUGAAAUACAGGCAGAAGAAGAUUCUGGAAGCAGCACAAAGAAGAACGAGUCUAAAGAAAUGCCGCAGAGAUCUCCGCGAAUAUAAUAUUCCGCUAGCAACCUUGCUGGGCGAAGACGGGACUCGCACGUCUUCUCGUCGUGAGAUGGAAAUCAUUACGGAGAGGUUCUACUCGAACCUUUUCCGUUCAUCAACUCCUGUGUUAAGCCCAGUCAUCCCCACUGGCGAAGCUCCACCACGGAUUCUCCCUUCGGAAGUACGAGUCGCUAUCAAGAGCAUGAAACCUGGCACAGCCCCCGGACCUGAUUUUGCAUCAGCAGACUUUCUUUGGGCUGGUGGCCAUCCGCUUCAUGUAAUCUUAGCAGCGCACAUGACAUCCUACCUUCACAAAGAAAGGAUCCCAGACCAGUGA